GUUGUUGGUUCCGGUCCUGCUGCCAUGUGAUGACAGGACCCGUUAACGUUUAACCAGAACCUGAACCAGGUCGUCCAGGUUCAGUCCAGACGGAGGACUGUCCAGGUUCAGGCGGGUUCUGAAGACCCGGUUCCAGAUCCGGAAUGUCGGCUUUACGCGCAGCCAAACAGACCCUGAGGAAGGAGAUAAAGCGGCGGGUCGCGGCCCUGGGUGGACCGGAGAAGGACCGGCAGUCGGCGGUGGUCUCACACAAGGUCGUGACCCACCCCCGGUACCUGGCGUGCAGGCGGAUCGCUCUGUUCCUCAGUAUGGAUGACGAGGUGCGGACUGAUGACAUCAUCGCUGAUGCGUUCAGGCGCGGUAAAAGCUGCUUCAUCCCCCGGUACGAGCGCCACAGCAGCCACAUGGACAUGUUGAAGCUCCACAGCAUCGAUGACAUCCACACACUGCCUUUGACGUCCUGGAACAUCCGACAACCGGCGGACGACGACCACAGCCGAGAGGAGGCGCUGUCCGGAGGAGGUCUGGACCUGAUCCUGAUGCCGGGCCUAGGCUUUGACCAGGCUGGGCGCCGUCUGGGUCGAGGGAAGGGUUUCUACGACUCGUACCUGGAGCGCUGCAUGCGACUGGGCGGGGGGAAGCCCUACACCAUCGCCCUGGCCUUCAAAGAGCAGCUGUGUGAGCAGAUCCCAGUGGAUGCCAACGACGUGCUCAUCGAUGAAGUCCUGUACGAGGACUAGGACCAGGACAAAGACUAGGACCAAGUCUAGGACAGCCAACCCACCCCACGUGGCCUUUGUGGUCAUUUAGUGACCAGUUGGAGCUCGAAGAGGAGAAUUAAAGGUGCAAUGUGUUAAAAAACUGACAGUAUUAAUCAUGUUUACUUUCUAAUGUGAAUGGAUCUUAACUCGAUGUGAGUUCCUCAGGUUUUGUCCAAACUAAUAUAUUAAUCAAUGACGCUAAUUGAACUUUAUUGUGUACUAAAAUGCAUACAUUUAGUUGCAUUGUCUUCCAGUUUCCAGACAACUUAAGAUUAAGUAAUAAACUUCAGGGUUUUUUGUAAUAUUGAUAAAAAUUGACCCGCCUCUG